UUAUCGUCCCUGUAUUUAUCUUUUUAUUUUAUUUUAUCGUAUUUUUGAUAUUUUUUUAUUUUAUCGUCUCUCGAACAAAUCAAUGAUUCUUUGAACACGUGUGUGAAUCAGCAAACCUGGGACAUAUGUAUUAAUAUAUGAUAAAGGUGAUUCACUUUUAUCCAUUCGAUUCGAGAUUACACUUUAGCCUAUUAUUUAUACACAUAUAUAUAUAUAUAUAUAUAUAUCACUCGUAUAUAUGUACAUAUAUCUUUACUUUGCCGCAUAGUUUCUUUUUAAAUUCGUUUAGUUUAUAUUUUUCCUUAAAAAUGUAUAAUAAUAAAAAUAUCCUUUCAUCUGAUCGGAUAGGAAGAUCCACGUAUUGGUUAUUCAAUAACAGCCUGACACCGUAAGGUAUUGUUCGAAUCGCUAGCUGAUAGAAGCUUAUUCUUAGAAGAUCGUGCCAGCUAUUGAGAUUAUCGUCGUUUUUCAUCUCAUCCCCGAUCUCAUUGUCUUUUCUCUCAAGUAUAUUUCAAGAAGAUUUAUCCGUGUCUAUCCAUUUAUCGAUUAUACAUAUAUACCUUUGGUACAAAGUUUGUUUUCUUCCUUGAUCGUCUCGUUGCCAUACUAAGAAGAACCCAUCAAAAUAAAUACUAUAAAUAAUUGUUUACAAAUAGAUCAUACAAUCGUUAAUUCAGUUUAAUCGUAUCCUUAGCACUGUAUAUUACAUAUCCCUCGAAUUUAAUUCAUAAGACAAAUUUGUUAAAUUUAACGUUUAAGAAAUAAACGUAUGAUAUUCCAUGGAAAAUGUUCAUCGUCCAUGCGAACAAAAUACAAGGGUUAGAAUAUUUAGAAAACCAAUUGCGGAAUCGCGAAGUCGCAGAGCAGCAUGGCAUAGUAAUAAAGAUAAUGCGCGUCGUCCACUUCGUAACUCUUGCUUCGCAAAUCUAAUCUGCUUCUGGCAACGCUUAAGAACUGAUCCAACGGGAUUAGCGAGCGAAAGCAUAGAGAUAGAAAUAGAAAAACGUCUAGACGACGGCGAUGAAGAAGUGGACAGAAAUGGACGACACCACUACACCGCACUAGGUCACGGACCGUCCGCUUGCGAGGACGUCGGCGAAUACGUGGAAAUGGAGAAAAGAUCCAGAGAUCGUGCUUUAUCAAUUUGUCAGACUUAUAUCCAACGAACCUCUCGAUAUACUCUCAUCAAGCAGCUCAACAACAUCGGAUCGAGAGUGGACAAGCACUGGUUCGCCGUAAGAGAUACUUCGCUCAAAACCGAUAGGCUCAUCACUUUGAUGCCCUUGAAUAGAAAUUGUCCAUUGAGUAUCUGUCCUUCGACGAAAGACAUAUUAAAUAAUUUGUUUCUCGCACUACAGCAUCCAUACAUUUGUCCUAUAUUCGGUCUAGAAUUUCUCGAGUACGAGGAACUCAAUUACGUUGUUUUAAUCCAGCCUAUCAAUCACGGUAGCCUGAAGGAUCUUAUAUAUGGCAUCGAAAGGAAUUGCUGGAACGAUGAUUGGAGUCAAAAGUAUGCUUCUCGUGGUAAAGGUCUACCCUUAUCACAGAUCCAACAGAUGGGUAGGCAGAUAUUGGAAGCUUUAGUGUUCCUUAAGGAAAGAGGAUUUCCUGUAGUCGCUCAUUUACAUUCUGGGAACGUCGUUGUACAAAAUGGCGUUGCUCGUCUCGCUGGUCUCGAAAACACCCUUUUAGGUUUCAAAAGCAGGAUACAUCCUAUAGUGACAUCUCGAUUGACGAAAACGAGCACGGUGGACGUGAUAUGUUUUGGUCACAUGUUGUUCGAAAUGUGCGCCGGUUACGAAUUAUGUUCCUUCAAGCCAACCGCUGCGCAUCUCUCGGAUAUCGAGACAUAUCCACAGGUCAUCGAAUUACUUGAGAUAAUAUUUGAUGAGUCUAGAAAUCGGUAUCCGAGUAUAGAAGAACUUCUCAUUCAUGAUCUCUUCAGGAACAUAGACCUUCGGGAAAUGCGCUGUGCGCCCGUUACGAUAUUUCGUCCUGCCUUAACACCCUCUAUAAUCAAUUUUCUGGAUGGUAUCAAACGACAAAGUUUAGGUAAAAGAUUUACGAACUUAGAUUCGGAAAAUAUGAUAUCAUUGAAAAGUCCUGAAGCCGAAUACGAGGAUUCGCUUCUUGUCCAAAUAUACAACGAACUAUCUAACACGACCAUAUAAUAGGGGAACAAUUUUUUCGUCUUAUACACAUUCGUAAUUUUACUACUAACAAUAAGUGCCAAAAAAAAAAUUAUAUAUAUAUAUAUAUAAUGAAAAGAAAGUGUAUAAUGUAAAAUGUUAAUGAUACAUCCUGGAACAUCUAGCAGAGUUGACGCACGUGAAAGUGUAACAAGAACGAUAUUUUGAUAAAUUAUUCUAAGCUUACAUUGAUAUUUAACAAUUCUUUUUCGAAUAAUACGAAAAUCACACGGAAUUUUCAAUGGGUGCUUUUAAAACCUAUUUAUCUUAUAAACGAUAUAUAAAAAUUUGUUUAUGUACAUUUUAUGUAUUAGAUAUCAUAUUGACUUUCAAAUUGUAAUCGAUUCAAAUAUUAUCGGAUGUUAUGCAGCAUCUCAUUCUCAUAAAUUUUACCCAACAUCCUUAUUAUAGCAUGGAUCUAACACAGGGUGGAUUUUUAGGACUAAAUUAUUUAGAUGAUUAAUACGUCGUUCAAAAGAUUCUAAAAAAUUAGUAAUAUCCAAUAUUUUGUGCCAAUUGAAAGAACGCGAAUUGAUAAAUUUUUAAUAGAGAUUUCUUUGUCGCUAAUGUAAUUUAUCAUAGAAAUUUAUGUUCCAAUUCGAUUUUAUAUUUAGCGACAUGACAUAGUGCCUGGAUGUUUAGUAUUUAUUUCAUAUGUACCUAAGAGCUACCCAAAAACCCAAGUUACUAAUUAUAAGAACGCUGUUACUGAUAGGCUCACUGCUGACAAAUAUAAAUUUGUUCAUUUAACAUCUGUUUAAUAUCAUGUAUUAUUAAAGAAACAAAGUAAAUAAUACAUCUUGUAUAUAGAGAAAUAAUGUGAAAGCAAGAUAUUAACUUGCGCAAAUACAAAAUAACAAUGUUGUAUAAAUUCUUCCAAUCAUUAAACAGAACACGUGAAAGUAUUGAAA